UGUAAUGAAUGUGCAACUAUUGUUAUAGAACAAAUAAGCAUAACAAAGAUUUUGUGACAUUUUUUUCUUUUUAAGCAUACGUGUUCCUAUUAUUUGAUUUCAUAACUGAUCAAGAUUCAUAUCCAUAAUCGUAAAACUGUACUUGGUUGACGGUCAACGCUGCACAUUAGCGCCAUCUAAAGGAGAAACAUUCCACUGCACAGUUCCCAUGACAACCAUUCAACACACGGAAGUUGAGCGCUUGUGUUCGAACGAACUUCCGACGCACAGUCGGCUGCUCUGGUUCCUGACUGAAAGAUGCCCAGGUUUCGUGAGCGUCCAGGACAAGCACAAUGCCAUCCUGAGCAGAGCAGUCUGAUAGCUAACAGAUACAUCAUCCAGCAGAGACUCGGGAAGGGCAGCUUCGCCACUGUUUACCUCGUUCAAGACACAAAGACAGUAACAGCUGAGAAACUGAAGGUGCUUAAGGAGAUUCCUGUUGGAGGUCUGAAACCCAAUGAGACGGUCCAUGCCACUCAAGAGGCUCAGCUUCUCUCUCAGCUGAACCAUCCUGCCAUCCUCAAGUUCUACACCAGCUUCCUGGAGAGAGACGCCUUCUGCAUCAUCACUGAGUACUGUGAGGACAAAGAUUUGGACUGUAAGUUGGAAGAGCUGAAACGCACAGGCCAGACAUUAUCAGAGCCUCAGGUCUGUGAAUGGCUCUGUCAGCUUCUGUUGGGAGUACAUUACAUACAUCAGAGGAGAAUACUACACAGAGAUCUAAAGGCCAAAAAUAUAUUUAUAAGGAACAACAUUGUUAAGAUAGGUGACUUUGGUGUAUCCUGUCUGCUGAUGGGGUCAUGUGACCUGGCGACUACCUUCACAGGCACUCCAUACUACAUGAGCCCUGAAGCCCUCAGUCACAGAGGAUACGACUCCAAAUCAGACAUCUGGUCUUUAGGCUGUAUCCUCUAUGAGAUGUGCUGUUUGACGCAUGCUUUUGAAGGGCAGAACUUCUUGGCUGUGGUGACGCUGAUUGUGGAGGGACCUACUCCAUCCCUGCCAGAAACAUACUCACGGCAGCUCAACUCUCUAAUGCAAAGUAUGUUAGAAAAGGAUUCUUCACGGAGGAUCUCGGCAGCAGAUGCGCUGAGGAGCAGGUUCAUUGAGGAGAGCUUGCAGAGCAUGAAAGACAAGUUUUUUAGCCUGACGCUGCGAGACAAGUCGAUGCGGGGAGAGAGAGAUGCGUCGCAGAUCCUGAGAGCACUGCAGAAGAAGUUACAUUUGCAGACACUGCGGGAGAGAUCAGAGGUGCAGAAAAUGAGCCCGAGAGAACGCAUGCGGCUCCGGAAACUCCAAGCUGCAGAUGAGAAAGCACGAAAGCUGAAGCAAAUUGUAGAGGAAAAGUACCAAGAAAACCAUCUGCGCAUGCAAGAGUACAAGUCCAGAAAUUUUCAGAAAGUCAGUGUGGACGUUUUAACGGUGAGAACGGAAGAAGCAGUUAACCAGACUCAACCGAUUCAGAGUGAGACACCAAACAGAAGCUCCGAACUGUCAGAUAACACUUCUCAAAACUCUGAUAAGAUGUGCAAGUCUGUCUCAAAAGACCAUGCAAUCCCAGAGGAUCCUCAGGCGGCAGAGGCAUUUUACUCCGUGGAUGAAUUUGAGUCAUGCUCGGAGGAAGAUUCAGAUGGAGAGGAAGACUCCGAGGAUAAUCUCCCCACAAACCCUUCCUAUCAGACAUGUGGACAGGACAGUGACCUGGAAGCCAUGAUCAGACACAUGGAGAAUGUUCUGGAUGGUGAAUUGGUUGGAGCUGAAGCAGAGGAACAGAAGCCUCAGCUGGGUUCUCUAGGAGUGAGUAGCAUCAAUACAUCCAUGGCUGAGGGCAGAAUACAGCGCAUGAGAGAGUCGGUGUGUCUGAAGCUAGGAGAGGAGGUGUUCCUGAAGGUCUAUAACUAUCUGAAGCAGGCCAGGCAGAGGCAGGAGAGUGAAGAGAGCAUCAGACAGGCUCUGAUCCAGCUGGUGGAGAAGCCCGGUGAUUGCUUUGAAGUAGAUCAACUUCUUUAUUAUGAAGAGCUGCUUGUGGCGGCACAGGAAAACACUGUAAUAAGAUAACAAUGAAGCAGAUACACACACACUCACAGAUGUUAUCCGUCAACAACUAUAUAGAUCAAUUUAUGUACUUUCAAGAUCCACAUAUGAUGCAACUUCAUAUUGUGUGAGUGCAAAUCCUUUAUAAGGGUUGUGCAGAAUUCAGGCUAUAUGUCUGACCAGUAAGAAAAAAUAACAAAACAUUAUAUAUAUAUAUUCUUACUGAGUAGACAUAUAGCCUGAAUAUCUAAACUAAUCUAAAGUGUAAUGUUGUAAAAACUAUUUACACAUUUUUAUUCUGAACAACAGAAUUACAGCACCACAAGAUGUUUUAUUUUUUAUUCAUGCAUUUUGGCAUCAAACGUGCACUCCACUGUCUUCCUUUAAAACAUGCACUCCACUAUCAUCUGUAAAAUAUAAGUUAAUUAAUUAAAUAUAAUGAAAUAUGGGUCAUUUCCAUUAAAAAGAAUGGAAAUGUAUUCAUAUGUUGAUUCAUUCAUAUGUACAUGUUUUGAUGUUUAUAUGUAUCAACUUAUGGAAAUGUAUUCAUAUGUUGUGUGUUUAUGGUUAAAUCAUACUGGAAAUAGUUCAAAAGAAUGUAAAAAUGUAUCAUUAAAAACGACACUUCCUUUAAACUCAAAACACAAUGCUACAUUCUGUUUGCUAUGUAAGUUCAAUUUCAGGAUUGAGUUAGAAUUGAAAGCCAUUCUUUAUUCAAUUCUGUUUGCACAGAACUCUGAUAUUUAUGAUGUGUGAUGCAUUCAAGUCAUAUUUCAUAAAGAUUAGGUACUUAGGUCUAUACACAUUGUCCUUGUAAAUAUAAAUAAAUACAAAUGUUGAAAUGUUAUUUAAGGUAAUAUAUUGUUUUGCUUAUUUAUGUACUAUCCUGAGUUUGAGACCUGUGCAAAAAAAUGAAAUGCCCUUUACUGUGUUCACACUGUACACAUAUGAGUAUGUUUUAUGUUUUUUGCUUAAUAUUCGUUUUAACUUCUGAUGGGUCUUUCACUAGUUCAUUCUUUCACUUCUUACAGGUUUAAAAGAACUGCACUGCACUGACAUAUAACAUUUUUUCAUUGUUUUGUGGAAACCCCUGGUGUUUUAUGAUUACAGUUUUUAAUCGACUUGUUUUAUGGUGUCUGUUCACCAAAAAUUGGCUGAUUUCUCACAGCUCAGAAGUUAGUGUGCGCAGUAAAAUGAAACGGUACAAGAUCAAUAGUAGAAAACACUGAGACACAAGGACUCCAGCGCUCAGUCAGCCUUCUCUAUUGUUCUGUUUUUAUCACUGAA